AGAUGUUGUUCCUUGUUGCACGCCUCAGAUGACUAAACUGCCAAACACUCCUGCAAAUUGUUUCAACGUAGAUGUAUCCUCCGUUGAUCCUUAUUAUAGUCAAUACAAUGUUACUUGUAUACCUGUAAUUUCAACUAAAACAACUCUCGAGUUGGGUUGUACUGCAAAAGUCCCUAAGUCGUAUGCAGAUCAAAUUUCAGGAGUUACAGCUGCUCUUGAUCUAAGUGCUACGUACGACAUCAGUACUGAAAAAUGUAAUGGAUUACGUUCGUUUGUGAAUGGCAAGUUGUUGACUAGGAAUUCGAUGUUUUUACCAAUCAGUCUACAAGGAUGUGCCAUUCCUGCUAAUACAGAUGAUUUUUGUUACAAAACAGGUGACUUUAGAGGCAACCAGAAUUUAGACCUCACUAUGAAUCAGAUAAUAUGGGUUCUCUUUCACAAUUGGUGUUGUGAUCGUAUGGUAGAAAUAAAUCCGCAUUGGAACGAUGAAAAGAUUUUUCAAGAAUGCAGAAAAUUUAAUAUUGCCUCAAAUCAGUAUAUCGCCUACAACGAAGUAUUCUCGACUAUUGUAGGAUACAAAGCUAUGUAUGACAGAAAUCUACUUUAUCCAUACAGUUCGCUCGAUGGACGAUCUAAAUACGAUCCUCAUUGCGAACUUAAUGCAUUGAAUGAGUUUUCUAAUGGAGCUUUCAGAGUACUACAUGCUAUUAUUGUUGCAUGCUUGAAAAUGGCAAAUGAAAACCGGAAAGGUAUGGGCCAUUUAAGAUUAACCGAACACAUGACUAAUCCUUCAGUACUUGAAAGAAAUGAUACUUUUCAAUAUCUGUUACUUGGAGCUUUUACUCAAAGACCAAACAAAGUUGGUCCGUCAUUUGACCCAGUUGUUACCAGAAACCUUCGGUUUAACAUCAGUCCUUUCGUAUUUGGAACAGACUUACAUACCAAUGAUAUUCAAAGGGGCAGAAAUCAUGGAAUAGGAUCUUACACUGCUAUAAGAACAAAGUGUGGAUUCAAAAAUGCGGAAACUUUUGAAGACCUUGAAGACCUAAUAUCGAAAGAGAACAUUGAAAUAUUAAAAUCUCUUUACGAAAGUGUGCAUGAUAUAGAUUACGCAGCUGCUGCUGUGUUGGAAAAUGUUAUUCCACCUGCUCAGGUGGGUCCAACAGUUAUAUGUAUAAUUUUGGAGGAACUAGAACGUUUACAAAAAUGCGAUAGAUACUGGUGGGAUAAUGAUCAAAACCAUUUUACGCAACUUCAAAUGGCCACAAUAAGAUCAAUAAGUCUGGCUUCGGUUAUAUGUACGGUUGGCAAUGUGGAAUAUAUGCAGAUCCACGCAACGAAACCAGUUGAUCCUAUCACGUAAGUAUGAAAUUAUUAGCUGCUUUUCUUAUAAGAAUAAGUCGACAAAAAAAU